GCGACCUUUGACAGGAAGCAGAGCCUGACAACGGCGGUAUGCAAAACUGCAUUCGCGGCCUUUGACAGGAAUAGUGAUGGCACGAUCAGCAUGGCUGAACUCACUUCCGGGCGCCUGCUUGGCGCUCUUACAGUGGAGGAGAUAAGCGAGACCCUGAAGCAGCUGGACAA